ACUGUGUCGCAACCUUUCCUUCUUUUCUUUGUUCCGUACGAGACAUGAACAGUUCUGAUGAAGAAAAUCUGUCGGGUUACGCCGGAGUAAACGUGGGCAAAAGGCAGGACGCGGUGCGGAUCAGAUGAGUUUCAACUGUCCGUCAAGUGUGCGUUUUGGGUCGGAAACAGGAUUAUGGAUCAGGGUCGACUUUUUUUUUUUUUUUUUUUUGUUUUGUCUUCCUAAAAAUAUGACUGUCUAAUGUUUUUGUCUCCGUGGAAGUGGGAUGUUUUAACUCCAGUUGAGUCAUCCUUCCCUGAAAUCCUGUAUUGAUCGGUUAUUGAUCAUCGGGAUGGCCCUUCUGCUCCUGCUGGCUCUCUUGACUUGUGUGGACGCCAAAAGCGCGUUCCCGCUCAGAACCUCGUAUAAUUUAUACGCCGGCGGACACGCGCACGCGCAAGGUGCCCGAAUCGCCAGCAGACACAGGAAUUGGUGUGCACACGUGGUAACCAAGACAGUAAGUUGUGUGGUGGAAGAUGGAGUGGAGACAUACGUGAAACCAGACUACCAUCCUUGUGCCUGGGGCAGCGGUCAGUGCAGCCGCGUGGUCGUCUAUCGUACCUACAUGAAGCCCAGGUACAAAGUAGCCUAUAAAAUGGUGACGCAGAUGGAGUGGAAGUGUUGCCAGGGUUACAGUGGCAAUGAAUGUACCAAUGGUCCAGUUGGGACAGGAAGCACUAACAGGCCUCAGCCCCAGCCAAGGGAUGGAGGAAGUGGGAUGAGCACCGGACAAGGAGGCAUCAACACUGGCUUUGGACAGAAUGGAGGACACGCUGGAAGGGUCGAUAAUGAAAAGAUGAGGCAGCUGGAAGAAAAGAUUCACACCCUGACUAAAACUAUUGAUGACUUGCAAUCGACAAUCACCUCCAUGGAUGAGCACUUUCAGGGAGGGGUCAACAAACCCGUUCUUCACGACAGCGGUGGUAUAUCUUCUGGAGCAAGAAAUCCUGCUGAUGCAGCUCAACCAGAGAUUAAAGAGACAAUUCACAGCAUUCAGACCAAACUGGAUCAACUUGACAAUCGCACACAGGCUCAUGAUAAAACCCUUGUAAGCAUCAACAAUCAUCUUGUAAAUGGAAAAGGGAAUGAUCUGGAAGGAGGUCUUUCUGGAGGAAGUUUGAGUGGAAAAAGUCUAAACUCACUGAAGGAGGAGAUCCUUAAGGAGCUUGAGAGAAGGGUUUCACUAUCAUGUUCCUCCUGUCAGGCUGGUGUGGAGGACCUGCAUAGGCAGCAGCAGGAAGACCGGGAAAGAAUUCGGGCCCUGGAGAAGCAGCUUAAUGCAAUGGAUGUUCAUUAUCGACAAGGAAUCGAUGGGUUGCGGCGGGAAGUAGCGAGUUCAAAGGGAUGUUGUGACACCCUCAAUGACCUCCGAAACCGCGUCACAGAUGCUGAGCGCAAGAUCAGCUCAGCAGCAGAGAACUUUGAUGUCCUACAGAACCGCCUGAACAACGAUCUUAAAGGAGGAAGCGGCAACAGUAAUAAGGAUGGAGGCUUCAGAGGAGGAGUGAUUGGUGCUGAAGGUGGAAGAAGUGGUAGCAGCAGGGAUAUAGUGGUGACUGAGGAUAAACUGAACAAUCGACUAAAGGAUUUGGAACAACGGGUCAAUGGGACUAUGGAGCAAACCGAACAAAGCUGUGCAUAUCUGGAAAAUGAUUUGAAGGACUAUUUUCACAGAGAACUUGGCGACCUUCGGACUGUGUUCCUGGACCGCUUUGAUGAUCAGGCCUUCAGAAUUACAGACGUGGAGCUGGAUGUGGGGCUUGUGAAGCAAAGGGUGAAUGAACAUGAUAAGACAAUGUCAAAGCUAGAAAACAGAACCUCCGACCUGAGCAGGAAGCUGGAGGAGUGUGGCUGUAGAAACAUGGGGGGAGGAGGGGAAGUAGGAAGAGGAGGGUGGGCAACUAUCAAUGGUGGUGGCCGUGGUGACACUGCUGGUGGUGCCAGUGACACUGGUGGAGACAGAGGUGGCACUAGUGGUGGCAGAGUUGGUAAUGGUGGAAGUAGAGAUAGCAUUGGUGGAAGCAGUGGUGGCCUUGGUCAGGACGAAGGAGUAAGUGGGACUGUGGGAGGAGGAGGAUUACCGGGAAUAGGAGGAGAAAGAGAUAAUUCAACAAGGAAAUCACUGGAGUGGAGAGUGGUUGCCAAUGAGGAUCAAAUUCGACAUUUUAACACAAAACUCAAGGACCUGUCCGUGUCGGGAGACUCUCUUAAUGAUAAGGUAGUGGAUCUGAGCCAUGAUAUCCAUAAGAUCAAGGCUUUGACUGGUGAUCACAGUGAACACUUUAACCGCAUUGUGACAGAGGUGGAGUUGCUUGGGCAGGACUGUGAAAUCUGUGGGACAGUGGAAGACGAGUUGCGGAAGCUGCGGAAUCAUUCCAAGGAUGCACUGGGCCGCCUGCAGAACCACAUCAACAGACUUCAGCUGAGUGUAGACUCUGGGGGUGCCUGCAACCAGAUGUGCUCUCAUUUGCAGGAUGAAGUUCGUCUGCUGCGAGAGGAUGUCACACGGUGCACCAAUAAAUGUGGUGGUUCUGGUAGCACCAGUUUCAUCGGUGCAAAUGGAGGUACCAGGGAAGAUGGACCCCGUUUGGAUGGCGAGAGGCCUUUAGAUGGUUACAGUGUGAUUGGAGGCUCCAUUAACAACAACCAGAUGAAGACAUUGCAGGGUGAAUUGUCUGAGGUCAUCCUGACCUUCAGCUCUAUAAACGACACCUUAAAGGGUCUUGAACACACAGUACAGAAACAUGGCAGCGUCAUCACCGACCUGGGAAACACAAAGGAUAAGAUUAUCUCUGAACUGGACAAAAUACAACAGGAGGUGACAGAACACAUUGAGAAAGGUCGGGACCGGUUGGAUAGGAUGGACGAAGAUGUCAGACGUUUUGAGAGCACGAUGCUGGUAGAGAUGGGAGACUGUAAGAGAUCAGGUGAUGGGCUGGAGAAGAGGCUAUCCAAACUUGAAGGAGUCUGUGGAAGGUUGGACGUAGUCUAUGACUCCAUCCACAAGAUCAAGGAAGGACUGAACCAACAUGUAUCUAGCUUAUGGACAUGUUUUUCGGGUCUGAACAACUCAGUCAUCCAUCAUGGAGGAAUCUUAGACUUUGUACAGAAGAACCAGGAUGAUGUUCAGAGCCGGAUGAAGAACCUCAAUUCGAGCUUGAACUACAUCUUGAAAGAGAUGCAAAGUUUCUCAGACCAUGCCCUGACUGGCCAACCUGGACCUCCAGGAGAGAGAGGCUUCAGUGGGCUACCAGGUCCCCAAGGACCACCUGGACCUUCUGGAAGACCAGGAGAAAGUGGAACACGUGGCCUACCAGGUCCCAAAGGAGAAACAGGACUACCAGGUGCUGAUGCUCUUUUACCCAAAUUGUCCUUCUCUGCUGCCCUUACUGUUCCCAUGGAGAGAGCAGGAACCAUCAUUUUUGACAAGAUCUUUGUUAAUGAAGGCGACUUUUAUGACCCCAGAACAGGUAUUUUUACUGCCCCAGUUGAUGGACACUACUUUUUCAGUGCCAUCCUAACAGGCCACAAGAAUGAGAAGAUAGAGGCUGUUCUGUCCAAAUCCAACUAUGGCAUGGCCCGUGUGGAUUCUGGUGGCUAUCAGCCUGAGGGUCUGGAGAACAACCCUGUAGCUGAAGUUAAAACCUCUCCAGGCUCACUAGCUGUUUUCAAUAUCAUCUUGCCCUUGCAGACUCAGGACACAGUCUGCAUCGACUUGGUGAUGGGAAAACUGGCCCACUCUGUGGAACCACUUACCAUCUUUAAUGGGAUGCUGCUCUAUGAAGAUAUGUGAUGGGUUCUUGCUGAUGCCUGAAACACUAAAUGACAAGGACAGAGUACCUGAAUGACAGACUUUCCAGAUGAGUCAAGACAAGCCCACAGUAGCCGGCACUAAAGCAAUGAUAUCACUUUGGUAUUCGGAAGUGACCAAGAACUUACCUUUAGCAAGACAUUCAGUAUUGAGAAAAUGUGUUUCUUUUUAAUGUAUCUGAUCAUCUGACAAAAAUGUUGUUUAACCAGUUUUAUGUGAUUAUCCUAGCAGUCUCCUUCCCGGGAUUGGUUCAAAUAGAUAAAAACAGAAGAAUUGACAUACUCCAACUGUGCAUCCCUAGAGGUUACCGGGUUAAUUACAAUUCAGAUGCUGAAAAUCUACCACAAUGUAGUAGGCAACUUUAUGUCAAGUGUGGUGCUCUGAGGACAUGUGGUUUCUUGUGGUACACCUGCAUAUUUGUUGACUCUUCACAACUUUUCGGAGGUUGUCAUGGGAUCGUAUGACUAUGAAAACUGUGACAUCUUUUUCUGUUUAUUUUUUUUUUUUAAACAACAACAAAAAGCAUGUUUAGUCUGAAACCAACUAUACUGUUCAGUUUACUGGUAAGACUUCCUGUUUUGAAUGUUUUAUCAUAGGUUGCACAUUUUGUUUGUUUGUGUUGCCAAAUGUCUUUAAACCACUUAAUAGACAUACUUUUGAUGGGCAAGUAUUAGAGGAAAAUAGAUUCUUGCAAUACUCUAUUUGGUUAGUAUCUGCAGUUGGUUACUACAGUAGAUUUUUUUUAAUAAGAGCACAUUAGAAAUACUGUCUUACACAACAGUAAAAUGUCCUUGUUUUUAAAAAAGAGUGUAAGGAAUACACAAUUUAAAUAUUUAA